GAUAGCUGAUAAUUUCUAUUUGUGUGAAGGAUCCACUGUACCCCGUUGGCUGCUCUAUGAGUUGUAUAUGGAAAGCUGCGGUCCAGAUCCCAAGUGUCAAGUAAAUUCAGCCACCUUUGGAAAGCUUAUUCGUUUAGUUUUCCCGGGUCUGGGGACAAAAAGGCUGGGCAGAAGAGGGAAUACCAGAUAUCAUUAUGCUGGAAUAGCUAUCAAGAAGAAUUCUUCCUCAUAUGCACGUUAUUGCUGUCUUCUAUCUGAAAAAAAUGGAAACGCCUGCAGUUCUGGAGAUGCAGCUGGUUACAUGAGCAAGAGCCAAAAAAAUAGAACAAUUUUGCACUGUUCUUCAUCUGUCAUUUAUCUGAAGACUGAACAAAAAGAAUAUCAGGACCCUUGGCCUGAAUUCAGCAGAUUCUAUCCUGAGGAGCAAGAGAUAGAGAAGAAAUACCCCUGUGAUAUGGUUGUACUCCUUGCCACUGAGUACCACAGCCAUUGUCAAGAUAUUUUACAUAUGGUGAGAAGGAAAGAGCUUGACAAGGUGGCAGGCUGUAUCAUGUCAUUCUGGAGGUCUCUGCAGCCUGGAAGAAUAGCACUGAUGUCCUUGACAGAUGUGUGCCAGCUGUUCAAGAGCUAUGACAGGCGGCUGUUCAAGGAAAUAGAGAACAUCCUUCUUCAUGAUUUCCUGGAGGAGAUUCCUGUGCAACACAUUAUGUUAAUCAAAUCAUUCAGUAAAGAUUUACAAGUUUGUCUGCUUAAUGCUUUGGCAGGGUUUCCAUUACCACUCCAAACAUCCAAAUUUAAAGAAGCUACAAUGUUUUUGAAAAGACUCGGGAGAAAGACAGACCUUUCCAUCAUGGCCAAGACAAUGAGGACAGUCUUGAACAGCAACAGCAAAGUCUCUGUUCUGCGAUCAGACUUGCAUGCUGUCAUCAACCGGGGAUUUCUGGAUGUGACUGGAAACCUCUUUCAAACAACGUUUAGGAAUCUGGAGGAGCUGCAGAACAACAUUGAACUCAAAUGUUUGAAUGACUUAAUGCCUUUGCUGACACCUUCCACAGAUAUUCGGAUUCUCUUGAACUGUGUGUCUUCAAAUCUUCAGGCUUUUGUCAUUCAGCCAAGCAGGAGUAAAGAGGAGUUUAAAAAAGUGGCAUCAGAUUUCCAGUUGAGAUGGAACUUCCUACUGAGUGCAGUAAGCAAGGCUAUGACCCUUAAAUAUGCAGACAGUUUUGGAUCCUGGCAUUUGUUUAAUUUGCUGCUCAUGGAUUUUGUGGCCCACAUUUUCCUGUCCUAUAUCGAGGAGGAGGGAGACGAAAGUUUCCAGGUCACAAAGCAAAAUGAGUCCCGUUUUCUGUGGAUUUAUGAACCCAGACAUCUCUGGAGCUAUUUUGCAGAGGAACAACCUCAAGACAAUAUUCAACAGACAGCCCUCAUAACUUUGAUGCAGAGCCAGAGCAACUUCAGAUUAAACAACAUUUUUCCAGAGUUCUGA